UCGUUGAUGGGUCGUUGCGUUUCGGCGAUCGCAAGGAAGGCUACAAAUCUUGCGCAGACCGUAGCUUCCCUUCGUGUGCGCCGUUCCUAUAGCUCGCGAGACGGGACCGAAGCUGGCGGAGCGAAAGUGCAGCUGGAAUGGCUGCCAUGGCCGUGUUCCUAGCAGUUGCUGCAGGCGCGAUAGAGAGCGUUCUGGCUAACCAGAAGCAUUUUGACAUCACCACUGGCCUUCCGAAGAACGCAACAUGCAAGAGCUUUAUCCACGCCAACGAGGCCUGCAUGAAAGCUGUGGAACAUCUGGACGUGCACAAACAAGACGCGAAUGGCACCAAACCAGCGAUGAAGCCCCGCAAGUUCGCCCAAGCGCUGAAAAAAUGCUACAGGAAGAAAUUGGCGAAGGAUGAACUUCACCACGUAUGCCACAGCCAGCGAACUGUGAAAAAGGUCCUUCGAUGUUUCAAGAAAGCCUCAAAUAAGGCUACGCCAAAAAGAUCCCGGAAAGCUGCGAAAAAAAUCUUCAGGGAGUACCGGAAAUGCUUCCUGCAGAAGUUCACGCCUGAACUCGGCUCGAGGGACGAAGAAAUCAGGUUUCCCAGGGCUCCCAUUCUGCGUGAAUGAAGCCUAAUUCGUCCAGUUUUGCCAUUUAAUUUAUAACCAUCACGAGUAAAAUA